AUGGCUUCAGCUCCUAUUGAGGGUGGGUUUGUGGCUGCUGCUGAGGUCAUGGCUGAGGUUGUUGGGGCUGAAGCAGCUCCUGCAACUGAUGUUGCAGCUGCUGCAGCACCAGCUGCUGGGCCCAUGAGGUGGAACAACAACACCUCUGGGUUUGUGCUUAGGAGGAUGGCCCAGUUGCUUAGUGAUGGCACUAGACCUAACAAGGUGUUCAAGGACAAGGAUGUUAACCUUGUAGCCAAGUGUCUUAAGGACUAUAGUGGGAAUGCAGUGAGCCCAACUCAGGUGUACAACCACCUAAGGAAGUGGAGGCAAAAGUGGUCUAGAAUUUGUAAGCUAAAAGAUCUUAGUAGUGCCAUCUGGGACAGUGAUGUCAAUGCAAUCAUGCUUGAUGGGGAGCACUACCUAGGCCACUGCAAGGACCACCCUAAGGAUGCAUAUUUCCUUAACUGUCCUAUAAGGUUCUACUCUAAGAUGGAUGCCAUAUUUGGGCAUUCUAUGGCCACUGGUAGGUACGCACUUGGUUCUGGUGAGGCCCUUGAGGUGAACCAGGCUGAUAGUGCAGCUGCUAAGGUUGAGGGCUCUGCCUUCCACCAUGUCCCUAAGGAGAAGACCGACACUGAGGUUGGGGAGGGCAGCAAGGCCACAGAGCAGUUGCAUUCUACUGUGGGUGGGAAGAGGAAGAGAGGGAACUUCACUAAGGAUGAGAUGCUCUUGCUGACCAACAUGUCUGAUGCUGUCAACAAUGUUGCCAAUACACUUAGGGAGACAGGUGCUGCACAUGUGGAUCCUGACCUCUAUCUUGCAGUCAUGGCGAUGCAAGGCUUCACCACUGAAGCCCUCAUUGUUGCCUACAUCUACCUGCUAGAAAACAAGGCCAUUGCCAUAGACUUUGUGAAGAUGGCAAUCAGCCAUAGGGACAUUUGGCUGAGGAACUACCUUGCCAAGAACUACUAUAUGUAG